UUUUUUUUUUAAAUUUUUAAUUUUCAUUUAAUUUUCUUUUUUAUUUUCUUCUUCUCUUUCCCCUUGCUUGUUCUUCGUCCAUUGACCUGUUCUACUGCAGAUUGAAAUCCAGCACAUGUUAUGUUAUUUUUUUGUUACAUGUGUAGUUGAUGUCUGGCAGCUUGCUUCUCGACACAUCCUGGGUUUUCUAAGUUCCUCACAUGGCUUUCUUCAUCGGUCCAGUGAAUGUAUAGGGUGUGCUCUGGAUUUGUGACGCACUUUUUGAUUUGAAGUUGGAUUUAGGUAUUAGUGUAGCUAGUGAAAAUGGAAGACAAGAUCGCCAAGGUAUUGGGUAGCCAGAAAGUUGCACUUGCCUUAAAAAGGAAGCGAGCAGCACAGUUUGGGGCAUAUUCAACAGAACCAGUCUGCAUGGCGCACCAGUGGCCUACCAUGACUUCAUUAAAUAGGGUGGAAAAGAGACGGAAGCUAGGUGAAUGUGGUGGAAUAUUUGCAAACUCUGAAACUCGUUUUAGACCCUUGUACAGAGGUUAUUCAAAUUUUAUGAAAAGUGGGAUACCAAAGCACAUAAUGUAUUAUGAAAAUGGUGAGUGGAUUAAAUUUCCCCGUGAUCUUCUUGAUUUGGUUGUGGAAGAUCUGCAGGUAAAGAAAGCAUCUUUGGAAAUUAAGUUUAAUGGACAGCACUGUGUGCUAGACUUUUUGCAUAUGUUUUUCUUGGACUUAAAUACAGGGUUGCAACAACCUCUCGCAUGGAUUGAUGCAGCAGGGAGCUGCUUUUUUCCUGAGAUUUAUGGCGCAGAUACAAGUGAGUGCUGCCAUUCUAAUAAUUUUGGAAAUAAAGAACCAGAGGUUGAAGAAGAUCAUGGGUCUGACGUAAUCAAGUUGCAGUUGGAAAUUGAAAUAAGUGGAGUUGACCAAUCGAGUUUGAAGGUGUGUAGUGGGGAGUCAAAUGAUUACAUCAAGUGGUCCCAAACUGAUGAAGAACUUGCUUAUGACCAUGAUAUUGAAGUAGUCGAGGAUAGUUGUGGUAAAUUACCUGUUGGAAAAGCGUAUGACGUUGUACCUGAACUUAAAGAGUUGGAUGAGAACCUCAUCUCUGGGAUUCAAGAACUUAAAGAGUUGGAUGCAAACCUCAUUUCUGGGAUUCAAUUUUUUAACGGAAGGUUGGAUACAAGAACCGUGGAAAAGAUAUUUCGUGAUGGAAUGAUGAGCUCCAAUGGUAGUACAGAGAUACUUAAUGUAAAACACUGCGAUGACACUUCAAUGCAAUCUCAAUUGUUAGAGAUUUUCAAUAAGCAAGUUGAAAUGACCAAAUUGUACAGAGGGGAUGCAAAUGUUCGUUUUGCUUGGCUUGCUGUUUCUGAAACAGAAUUAUCUAGCUUGAUGAUGUAUGGAAUUGGGCAUUGUGCAGUUUCUUCAAUCAAAUCCAUGUAUGGCACUGGUGUUCACCUUACGGCUGUCAAUUGCUCAAAUGUCAGUGCAAGUCACUGCGAUAUUGAUGACAAUAGAGUGCAGUAUCUGGUAUUUUGCCGUGUAAUAUUGGGAAACUUGGAACUUCUUCACCCUGGAAGCAAACAAUUCCAUCCAAGUAGCAAGGAUUUUGACAGUGGAGUGGACAACCUUACAAAACCAACAUAUUACGUUGUAUGGAGAAUGAAUAUGAACACCCACAUCUAUCCAGAAUCUGUUGUUAGUUUUAAGGUUGCUCCCAAUCCCAAAGUUGAAAACCGUACUAAUGAUGUUCCGAGGAUCACUGCAUCUUGCCAAGGGUCUCCCGACCAAAUACAGUUGGAGUCUUCUGUAGUUAAUGCGGUUAGCGACGGUCAACCUUCAGAUGUUUGGAGAUCUCAUGAAAGAGCAGUUAGUGUGGGUUCCAACUCUAUGAAAACGCCCAAAUCUCCAUGGAUGCCUUUCUCCAUGUUGUUUGCUGCUAUCUCUAAUAAAGUUUCUUCUAAAGAGAUGGAACUUGUCAAUAUGCAAUACGAACAAUUCAGGGCUAAGAAGAUGAAUCGUGAUGAUUUUGUAAGACAGCUGAGGCUGACAGUUGGAGAUUCUUUGUUGAGGACUACAAUAUCAAGUCUUUGCAAGUGAUAGUUGAGUAGAUUCCAUCAGUCUAUAGAGUCCCAAGCGUUCAUCUUCUUGGAAAAAAGAAAAAAACUUUCAGGCGUGGCCCCUGUUGAUUCUACUGGUCCUUAUUGUGCCAUAUUCAGGAGUCCUUCGGUCAGUUUGUUUCGAACUGGUGCCACUGAAAUCAUCCAGCCCAUAACACGAGGAUCUGAACCAAUGAAGAUAGAAAGUGCUUUUAAUGGUAAUGGUUAUGUGAUGCUUUUGGUUAGAAUGUGUCGACAUAAAAUUGUGAAUAUGCUCAUCAUUUCUCUGGAACUUAUGUUUUUCUGUUUAGGACUCUUGAAAUAUACUUUGAUUUGGGUUAUUUUCUUUGAAUAUUAUGUUUGAGUUAUUAUUUUUAUGCACAAGGAUUAUUGAAUGUUAGUAGUGUAUCAGGAAGUUGUUGCAAUGGUAAUGAGACGAGCAAAUGUAUUUUGUGAUCUCAUCAUAUAUGAAAUUGAAGUUAUUGAAGUUUA